AUGGCUGAUCAACAUAAGGUUACAUUCUUAAGUCGUGAGGAGGCCCAGCCCAAAAUUGGAUUGGAAAAAUAUAACGAAAUUGACCGUCAAUUCGCUAAACCUGGAUUUCGCACAGGUUCAGGAGCAUUCAAUUGGCAUUGUUCAUGCGUUAGUGCUUAUGUCACUGGCCCCUGUGGAUAUUUUUUCCGUAAUUUUAUGAAGAAUAUGGAUCGUUUCCUGAAUAAUGAAGAGGCAUUCGAUCAAGAGGCAAACAGAACGCUCUUCGAACGCAUUCAUCGUGAAUUGAUGGGCUGUCUGAAGUCGCAUCCAUUGUACUACAAGUCGUUUAUAGAAGAAUAUGGUCUUCCACUGGAGAACCUUAUAAACGACACUUCAUAG